CUGGAGUGCCGCCGAGGCUGCUCUGAGUGCGGGGUUGGGGCGGCGGCGGCGGCGGCGGCGGCGGCGCUCCGGCUGCUGAGCCCUGCGAGCCCCGCACCUAGCCCAUCUGCCGGGGCGGGCCCGGAGCCCAGAUAUGGAACCAGGGGAAUUGAGAGGAAGAAGACAACUUUUAUUUGGCAUUGCUAGGACUAGAUCAUGGUGUGGUGCCUAAAAUAGGAUAUGCUGUCUUCUGGAAGCUUGCAUUUGAAGAAGCCUGUUUUAAGUUCUUUAAUUUGUAAAGUGCUUGAUGGGCGGCAUUAUGGCCCCCAAAGACAUAAUGACAAAUACUCAUGCUAAGUCCAUCCUCAACUCAAUGAACUCCCUCAGGAAGAGCAAUACCCUAUGUGAUGUGACAUUGAGAGUGGAACAGAAAGACUUCCCUGCACAUCGGAUUGUACUGGCUGCCUGCAGUGAUUAUUUCUGUGCUAUGUUCACCAGUGAGCUUUCAGAGAAAGGGAAACCUUAUGUUGAUAUCCAAGGUUUGACUGCUUCUACCAUGGAAAUCCUGUUGGACUUUGUAUACACAGAAACCGUACAUGUGACAGUAGAGAAUGUACAAGAACUGCUUCCUGCAGCAUGUCUACUUCAGCUGAAAGGUGUGAAGCAAGCCUGCUGUGAGUUCUUAGAAAGUCAGUUGGACCCUUCUAAUUGCCUGGGUAUCAGGGAUUUUGCUGAAACUCACAAUUGUGUUGACCUGAUGCGAGCAGCUGAGGUUUUUAGCCAGAAGCAUUUUCCUGAAGUGGUACAGCAUGAAGAGUUCAUUCUUCUAAGUCAAGGAGAGGUGGAAAAGCUAAUCAAGUGUGAUGAAAUUCAGGUGGAUUCUGAAGAGCCAGUCUUUGAGGCAGUUAUCAACUGGGUGAAGCAUGCCAAGAAGGAACGAGAAGAAUCCUUGCCUGACCUUUUACAGUAUGUACGGAUGCCCCUGCUGACCCCUAGGUACAUUACAGAUGUGAUAGAUGCUGAGCCUUUCAUCCGCUGUAGUUUACAAUGCAGGGACCUAGUUGAUGAAGCAAAGAAGUUUCACCUGAGGCCUGAACUUCGGAGUCAGAUGCAAGGACCCAGAACAAGGGCCCGUCUAGGAGCCAAUGAAGUGCUUCUGGUGGUUGGGGGCUUCGGAAGCCAGCAAUCGCCUAUUGAUGUGGUAGAAAAAUAUGACCCCAAGACUCAAGAGUGGAGCUUUUUGCCAAGCAUCACUCGAAAGAGACGGUAUGUGGCUUCAGUUUCCUUACAUGAUCGGAUCUAUGUAAUUGGUGGGUAUGAUGGCCGUUCCCGCCUCAGUUCAGUGGAAUGUCUAGACUACACAGCAGAUGAGGAUGGAGUCUGGUAUUCUGUGGCCCCUAUGAAUGUCCGACGAGGCCUUGCUGGAGCUACCACCCUGGGAGAUAUGAUCUACGUCUCCGGAGGCUUUGAUGGAAGCAGGCGUCAUACCAGUAUGGAGCGGUAUGACCCAAACAUUGACCAGUGGAGCAUGCUGGGAGAUAUGCAGACAGCUCGAGAGGGUGCAGGACUAGUAGUGGCCAGUGGAGUGAUCUACUGUCUAGGAGGAUAUGAUGGCUUGAAUAUCUUAAAUUCAGUUGAGAAAUAUGAUCCACAUACAGGGCACUGGACGAAUGUUACACCCAUGGCCACCAAGCGUUCUGGUGCUGGAGUUGCCCUUCUAAAUGACCAUAUUUAUGUGGUGGGAGGGUUUGAUGGUACAGCCCACCUUUCUUCUGUUGAAGCUUACAACAUUCGUACUGAUUCCUGGACGACUGUUACUAGUAUGACCACUCCACGAUGCUAUGUAGGAGCAACGGUGCUUCGGGGGAGACUCUACGCAAUUGCAGGGUAUGAUGGGAAUUCUCUGCUGAGUAGCAUUGAGUGCUAUGACCCUAUCAUAGACAGCUGGGAAGUAGUAGCAUCCAUGGGAACCCAGCGCUGUGAUGCUGGUGUAUGUGUUCUCCGAGAGAAGUGACCAUUAUUUGAGGACCAGCUGAAGCUAAUGACCACUCCAAGGAACAGGAACAGUUUGUGGGAGAAUCAAGGAUCCUUUCCAGAUGUUUAUUUCUCACUGUGUGCACAGGGUGAUUACAGGCACCAGUGCAGUGAUGAUUGUACUUAUUUGAUACACGCUCCUUCGCACUGGUAAUGUUGCUCAUAAGGGUGGGUAACAGGUACUCAAGGGAAGAAAAUGCAUAUUUAGAUGUGAGAGACAAGAUCACACACCCCCCAACCCCCCAUGGUCUGGGGAGCACUUUCUUAUUGUUUGUAACUUACCAUGUGCUUGGGAGAAAUAUAUAUAUAUAUAUAUGUGCACAAUAUAUAUGUAUUUAUAUUGUGCCUCAUAUAUCACAGAGAACUAAGGUAAGUAUGGCCUGCUAGAUGUAGACAGUGUCUAGCCUAGAUGACUGGAAGGAUACCAACUUGCAUAGGCUUGGCACAAUGAAAAUUGUCUUUUUUCCAGGAACAGAAAUACCUUUUCUGAUACAAAGAUAGCCAGGGGCACCAUAGUUCCAUUCCAGAAGAGGCCAAGAGCCCUAUCAAAAUUUAAAAGGCCAGGGGGAAAUAUAGAUGUGAUUCCACUUAGUGGGACAGGGUUAUUAUAAAAGAAAUGAGGUUUAGGCUGAGUGUGGUGGCACACCCCUUUAGUCCCAGCCCUUGGGAGGCAGAGGCAAGCAGAUCUCUGAGUUCGAGGCCAGCCUGAACUAUGGUCUUACUAUGGUCUACAUAGUGAGUUCUAUGCCAGCUGGGACUACAGGGAGACCCUGUCUCAAAAAGAAAAAAGAAGCGAGGUUAUACUAAGUGACAGGAACUGAAUUUGGUGGAAUGUGAGUGAACCUAGAUGACCACUGAAGUGUAACCUGGAAGACUAGAAAGGACAUAUUGAACAUAUUAUUUGACCCCAAGGUCUCUCUAAUGUAGAAUGUUGUGCAUCUUGGCCCUGGAGAGUAACAGUGAGCAAAUAUUAGAAUAAGAGAUGGUGUAAAUGUGGGGCGUUCAACAUACCUGGGGAUAAACUAGAAGUACCUGUGAUUUUACAAUCGUCUCAGUCCCUGUCAGGGCUCACAUAGCCAUGGCAGUGUUUGUCUUGAAUGGGUGAAAGACUCUCUUUCUGUUGAAUCAAAUACUACUACAUGACUACACUUCCACACUAUUUAUUUGGGGAUGGGUGGGGGUGGCAACAGCCUAGUAGUUCAGGUACCUGAUAACUGCCCCAUUCUUUUAAGGGCACACUUCUGCUAAGGAGUGCUUCAUACUGCUGUGUUUGGGACACUUAGUCCUCUUCCUGCUUUGUUUUCUGUAUCUGUCUUUAGAAUGAAUUUUAUUCAUCUCAGGACAGAAUAAUCAAGGACAACCAAAAUUCGUUUGUUCUAGUACCUCUGCUGUUACCAUUCUAGGCUCCUCUGUGUCGUGGAGUGAAAUUCUUGCAUUAUUGGUAUUACAAGUGUCAGAAUGUGAUAAACCUAAACUACGGUACCUUCCCUUUGCUCUGGAAUUUCAUUUUUUUCCUUUCCCUAAGUUGUAUUGACCUGCAGAGUUAAUUUUCUUUGUAUUUUUUUAAGAAAAUAUUAAAAAUCAACUGUCUCAGAA